GGUCAGGACAAGUCGAACCAGGAGCUCAGGUUGUUGGACGAGUAUGCCGUCGGUCAGACACUAGGCGAGGGAGCCUUUGGUGUGGUCUCUGUUUGCAAGAAGAGAGCCACGGGCCAGGAAUUCGCCGUGAAGAUGGUUGACAAGGUGGAGACGCCCGUGGAGGCCAUCAAGAAGGAGGCCGACAUGCUGGCGAGCAUGGACCAUCCCAACAUUGUCAAGUUUCAUGGCGUCUACUACGAGAGGUGCUUCGUGUGCAUCGUCAUGGACAAGUUGGAUGGCGGGGACCUGGUGGAGGGGCUGCAGCGUCACCUCAAGGAGCGAGGGCAGAUCAACUGCCUGGACGUGGUGCACGUCGCGUACCAAAUGGCAUCUUCCAUUAGCUACUUGCACAACAGGAACGUGGUCCAUCGGGACGUGAAAGGAGACAACUACCUGAUGGACAGAAAGAACAUGACCGACGGCCAGUGCAAGAUUGUCCUCACGGACUUCGGCACGGCCUGCAACUGCAAGCCUGCAGACCGCCUUUCCUCGGGGGUCGGGACAAAGAUCUUUUGGCCCCCCGAGUUCUUCGACCGCGAGUACGGCCAGAAGGUAGACGUGUGGGCGAUGGGCGUCAUCAUGUACGGCCUUGUGAGUGGCCGUUUCCCUUUCAGAGAUGAGAACGACGUCAGGAACAAAGAGGUUCGAAUUCCGAAGCGCGUCCACCCGGUCUGCGAGGAAUACAUCAGAAAGAUGCUGGACAAGAGCGAGAAGACUCGCAUGAGCUCGUCUGAGGUGAUGGCUCAUCCGUGGAUCGCCGGAAAGUUCGGCCAGACCACGGCAGGGGACAACAAGCCGACCGAAGAGGAGGGAGACAAGGAGGCAGAUGGUAUGGUGGAGGCCGGCGUCAAUGACGGCAUCAAGGAACGACGUCAGGAGCUGAUCCUCCGCAUGAACCGCGAAGCCGAGAGCCGCAAAGGCAUCUCGACGAAGAAGCAGCUUCAGAACCACAAGCACAAGAAGUUCGUUGUGGCUGACAAGAUCGUGCAAGGCGGCAAGGCAUCCUACGAGUGGAUGUCCGAGGACCAGGUCAAGAAGGACCGGCUCUUGGACUUUGACAACAAGAGCGCCGCUCCCAAGGACGACCCAAUGGACUUGGCGAUGUUCCGGAAAACACUGGUUGAGCACCAGAUCGAUCCGAACGUCUUCGGCGUGGCCAAGGCCAAAGGCCUUGACCAGCUGGCCAAAGAGGUGGAGACGGGCGCCUCGAGGCUCAUGUUGGAUGCGCAGCAGCACAAGAAGCUGGUGCGUGUGGUGGAUGUGGUGGUGCUGAAGCUCCGCCCUAGUGACGGCUCGCGGCUUCUCGUGGAGUCCAAGGAGAAGUUUCCGGAUGGACGCGAGCGAGAAACACUGCGGCUGCCUGGGACAAAGAAGGAGCCCCACGAGAACGCCAGGCAGACAGCCGAGCGCAUCCUCACGGAGAUGAUGAACGUGGAUUUGAGCAUGGUGCCGGCCCUGAACUCUCAGCUCAUACAGCUCGCGCAUGCGGUUGACUUGUACCAAAGUGAGAAGUCGCCAAGCCGCCCGAAAGCUCUGCUAGAGGAAGAAAUCAUGAGUGCAAAGCUUGAGCUGCUGUUUCCGAGGCUAACCGUUGUCCCACUGCCAGGGCGUGACGACCGUGUACCGCAAGGUGGGCCUGCCAACCAUGCAGGAGUGGAGCUCGACGGACCCACAGGCUUAGAACUGGGAAUCGAGAAGCUCAGGAGCUUGAAGGAAUUCUCUUCCGAGUUGAUCAAGGGCGAGACACGCCUUCUGCAGGUGCCCAGUGGCGAAAUCCUCGUCAUCACCGAGGUCGUUAUGAUGAUCCUCCAGAAUCCGGAGACGAAAGAGACGUUGGUGCAGACGGGCCAGGUCUGGCCGGAUGGCAAGUCGAGCAACCAGGCACGCAUCCCAGGCGCCAAGCGCCGGCCGGACGAGAACCAGUUCCUGUGCGCGCGGCGAAUCCUGAAAAGGCAAUUGGAGAUCGACGAAAAUGCCGUGCGAAUCUCACAAGAGGUGGGCUACAUCGAAGAGGAUCGCAGCUCCAGGAGUUACCCUGGCCUCAAGACGGUCUACCGAAAGCGCAUCAUCAAGGGAGAGGUCAUUCCAGGUGCAUGA